AUGUGGGCCCAGGACAUCAGAGAGGUGGUCGGAGUAGCAGCACGGUGGCCGAAGCCGGAGAAGAAGCAUCUGAUGCGCGGCGACGCGAGAGAAAGGCACGGGAGAGAGAGGGAGCAGCAUGGCGCGACGCAGAGGCGUGUUGGCGCGAGGGAGAGGCGCGGCGAGGGGACGACGACGAGAGGCAGAGGCGCGGUGGCACGAGGUUGUGCCAGGGAUAGGGAGGUGGUACCGUCGAAGAACCUCGUCGCCAACGGCCUGCCGCCGUCGAACGAUGAUGUCACGCAGGACGUCACGUCGCUGUGUAAGUCCCUCACGGAGACCUGCCUCGGGCCCUUCCGCCGCCUCCUCGCGGAGCUCAAUGACCCAGCCACUGGCCACCCGCCCGUGACUUGCCUCGUCGCCGACAUCAUUAUGGACUUCUCCAUGGAAGCAGCCAGGGAGCUCGGCCUCCCCUAUGUCCAGCUGUGGACGUCCAGCGCCGUCAGUUAUGUCGGUGUCCGCCACUACCGGCUCCUCUUCGACCGUGGCCUCGCACCGAUCAAAGACAUCAAGCAGCUGACAAAUGAGUACCUUGACACGCCGGUGGAUGACGUGCCGGGCAUGCAGAACAUGAGGUUCAGGGACUUCCCGACCUUCAUACGCAGCCCGGCCUCGGACGACUACAUGCUGCAUUUCGCGCUCGGCAUUGCGGAGCGCGCGGUCGGCGCGUCGGCGAUGAUCGUCAAUACCUUCGACGACCUUGAGGGAGAGGCGGUGGCGGCCAUGGAGGCGCUCGGCCUGCCCAAGGUCUACACCAUCGGCCCGCUCCAUCUGCUGGCGCCGACCUCAAGCAUCAGCAUGAGCCUGUGGAAGCAGGAGGAGGAGUGCCUUCCAUGGCUCGACGGCAAAGAGGUCGGCUCAGUCAUGUACGUCAACUUCGGCAGCAUCACCGUUAUGACCAACGAGCAGCUCCUGGAGUUCGCGUGGGGGCUGGCCAAGAGCGGCAAUCAUUUUCUCUGGAUCAUCCGUCCCGACCUCGUCAAGGGCGACACCGCAGUGCUCCCCCCGGAGUUCUCGGCCGAGACGGUGGAGCGUGGGCUCGUGGCCUCCUGGUGCCCGCAGCAGCAGGUGCUGAACCACCCGGCCGUGGGCGCGUUCCUGACGCACAGCGGCUGGAACUCGACGCUGGAGAGCAUGUGCGGCGGCGUGCCCGUCAUCAGCUGGCCAUUCUUCGCGGACCAGCAGACCAACUGCCGGUACCAGUGCAAGGAAUGGGGAGUCGGCAUGGAGAUCGACACCGACGUCCGGCGCGACGCCGUCGCAGACCUUAUCACUGAGCUCAUGGAGGAGGAGAAUGGAAAGGUGAUGAAGAAGAAGGCACAGGAGUGGAGGGAGAAAGCGGUGAGGGCGACCAAGCCCGGCGGCUCGUCUCACCGCAACUUUGAUGCGUUGAUUCACGACGUGCUCGCUCCUAGCCGCUCUGGGUAG